AUGGGAGUUGGAAAGGUUUUAGAUGGGGGUGAGACUAUGCAGUAUGAAUCACCCAAGAAACAUAAGCUUCCGAUCACACCUCCUUCAAGUGUGGAGAAGAAACAGGGGGGUAAGAGUGUUGCAGGGGAAAGCAGUAAGGAUGUGAAGCCCAAGGAGUUGCUACCGGCUUUGAAGAUGGCGGGGGUUAAAUUGAAAAGGAAGCCACGGUUGAAAUAUAGGCCGGAACGUAAUUCUGUGUUCUGUGUGGAUGAUUAUCUAAACUAUCCGCAGGUGUGUGGUAAAAAGGAUGCGGAAUUUAUUAAGUAUGCCUUUAUGCACUGCAAGAAUAUUGUAGCUAUCACGGGUGCAGGUAUCUCAGUAGCAGCAGGAAUUCCAGAUUUUAGGUCAAGUGAUGGGUUGUUUGCGUCGCUUAAGGGCCAAGCGGGCGGUAGUGGGAAACGGUUAUUUGAUUUUAAUUAUGUACAUUCUUCAGAGGAGAUGAAUAUAAAGUUUAACAAGAUGAUCAGUGAUAUGCAUACCAAAUGCCAAGUUCUGGAACCGACGCGAUUUCAUAAACUGUUGAAUAUUUUGUCUAUUAGCGGAAGGCUUAGAAGGAUAUAUACUCAGAAUAUCGAUUGCAUAGAGAACAAGCUAGAUGGAAUAUCAUCACUCGAGCCAGAGGCGCCCUCAAAGAAGACUCCUACAACUAUCCAAUUACAUGGAAGUAUUAACCACAUGAGCUGCACCAAAUGCCGUAAGAUCUAUGAUAUGAAUACAGAACUUUUCAAAUGCCAUGAGGAUGACCUUGACCGAUCUGUUAUUCCUGUAUGCCCAGAAUGCGAAGAAUUUGAAGCGGUCAGAGCAAUUGCCGGUAAAAGAUCACAAGGUGUAGGACUUUUGAGACCAUAUAUUGUGUUGUACAAUGAAGUUCAUCCUGUUGGUGAAAAGGUUGGUGAACUUAUUAUGAAGGACCUAAAGCUGAAGUGUGAUUGCCUGCUAAUCGUAGGUACAUCUUUAAAAAUUCCUGGAGUUAAGACUAUUUGUAAGCAGUUUUGCAACUCUGUUCGCUCUAGAAAAGGCAUAAUUUUGUGGAUCAAUAGAGAUAUGCCAUCGCAGAGCAUCCAAGAUCUUCUUGGAGGCGUAGAUUUAUUUGUACUUGGUGACUGUCAAGAUCUUUGCCAAAUUAUUGAGUUGUAA